GAAAUAAAUUCAACACACCGAAGGUAUCCCUCCCUCUGCGUGUGUUUGGAUGGAGGAUGAUGAUGCUCACCCUCCAACCUGCGUUGAGGUCUGUGAAUGUCCGCGCAUGCGCACUGCGGGAUGCACCUACAAGUGUUUAUCACAGGAGGGGAGCAGAUCAACACAAAGCCCUUUGUAGCGUUGAACUGCAUCAGUGAAUUACUGUAGAGCGCUUUAUUGAAUGCAUGGAGUAAAAUUCAUUAUUACCUCAUUUUGAGUGAAGACAAUUGUGUAAUUUUUCCAAUUUUUGCUGUGAAUAUGUUGUUUUUUUCAGCAAGAUACCUUUUCAUCUCAAAUCUGUGUAGUCCAGUUAAUUAUUAAUUCAUAAAUUUAUUGACGAUUAUUUCAAUAAUUGAUUCAUCAUGAUACAUCAUGAUUGAUUUAAUUAAUGAUUUCUGUUAUAAACAUUUACAAUUUCUGGAAAAUUAUUAAUUAGGAUUAGGAAAAACACAGAAAAACUUAUCUGGGAACAAACUUGGAAAUUUUACAUAAUGUGGUGACCUUGGCUAACCACUCAGGGCGUUCCCCGCCUCUUACAAGUUGACUGCUGAUUGGCUCCAGCAUGUUUGUGGAUAUUAAUAAACUACAGCUAUCAGUGUCAUGCUUGAAUAUCAUACUGUACAUAUUUUGUUCAGUGGGUCCUCUGCAAAAUCAACGUGAAAAAACUGAUUCUUUAUCACCACGGGUAUUUCACAGGUGUUGUGUUAUCUGAUGUUUGGUUGUUUUCUUAAAAACUGGAAUGAACUUGAAUUUAUGUAUUCAGUCAUCACAUGUCUCUGGUGCUGCACAUAUAAAAGUCACAUCUGCAGGUUUCCAACUUGGACAAUUCCUAAAUUAACCACAACCAUGGGCUCCUUUUACCUCCUGUGUAUCCUUGGUUUUGCUGCUGCCCUUCAGGUGCCUGGCAUCUUGGCAGAGGUGAGUAAAUAGAAUAUUAACUUUAUAUUCGCAUUUCAAAGCAUUGCCAUUUUUUUCAUUAAUCUUGCAAAGAAUAAUUAAAUUUUCUCUCUUGCCUCUAAAAAUGACAAAAGACAGAGGGUGAGUACUUACUGCAUUUAUAAAGUUGUAUUGUUUGAAAUUUUGCAGUGAUGUUUCGCUCUUUUUUGGUUUUACAUAUUUUGUUUCUCUUAUUUAGGCGUCAUGCGCACGACUUCGACAGAGCAGACUGAGAUUGUGAACAAGCAUAAUACUCUGAGGAGAGGUGUCCAACCUACUGCCAGAAACAUGAUGAAAAUGACCUGGAACAAAGAGGUUGCAAGCAAAGCUGAGAAAUGGGCAGCAACCUGCUCCAUGAAACACAGCCCUUCAAGCUCCAGAGUCAUCAGCACCAGCGGAUGUGGGGAGAAUCUCUACAUGGCCAGUUUCAAGAACUCCUGGUCCAACGCCAUCCAGGCCUGGUACAACGAGGUCGCCAACGUCCGCUACGGAGUCGGAUCCAUCAACAGAGGAGUGGUGGGACACUAUACACAGGUUGUUUGGGCCACCUCUAAAAAUAUUGGCUGCGCUAUGGCCUACUGCCCCAACUCCACAUACAAAUACUUCUACGUCUGCCACUACUGCCCACCAUAAGCACUUUAUAAUGCAGAUAACUCUCUCAAAAUUGCAUGCUGUUUCACCUCAGAGCAAAAACUCAAAUUAUUAUAAAUUUUCCCUCUGCUAGAAAAGAUUAAUACAACACAGGCAGGAUGGGUUACUGAGAAGAGCAUUCUAAUACUCUUCUCAGUAUGCAUCCACUUGCUCAUUCAUAAUACAAUAAUGAAUGAGCAAGUGGAUGCAGGAUCAAAUUAAUAGAAAUUAUUUCGUUCUGCAAAACA